AUGCAUGCAAUGCGUCCUGGGCAUCUGGUUGAGGUGUUUAACCCCUGCCAGGAGGGCGUCUUCCCUGGCCGGUGGAAGCGCGCUCGGUUAGCGCUUCUCGCCAAACCAGGAAGGUCGGAGGGGGUGCGGUCUUCUUACGGUCUGCUGUGUCUCCUCGACGACGUCGGCAAGAUCUUUGAGUUCUUGUACGUAGUCCAGAUGAACAGCCACAUGAUCGCCACUGGAGUCAAACUGUCCGAAAGGCAAUUAGUUAGGCUUCCGGAGCGGCCGGUGCAUGGACUACACGUUGCGGCUGCUUUACGAGUAGCAAGGAAAUUGACGACGAUCACCACGAACGAGAGCGUCUCGUCGACGCGAUCAGAUCUUUCUACCAGGGCGCGUAUUUCCCGAUUCUAA